AUGAUCCUGCUAAUAUUCAAUUUAGUAAUCACCAUUUCUUAUGCAGCUGAUAAUACGUCAGUCUGUAUAGAGAACUUAAAAUAUUUGAUUUCACAGCCCAUUGAUGAACAACUUGAAACAAUCCUACCUUAUUAUUCUUUAUCAGGAGAUUGGAUUGGGAAGUUUGGAUAUUAUGAUAGGUGUUAUCGAAAUGACUACUCCUAUACUUCAGUUGAAAUUGAUUAACAGCUCUUCAAAUAAUAUUAUGGAUUUUGCCAUUCCAAUAUUUGUUCAGCUAAAGAUUUCAAUUCCAAAGAUGGAUAAGAAACUAUUAAAAAAAUAUUAAAUGAAAGUGGAAUUUCAACUCUAUUCAAUAUAAAUCCAGAUACAAUAUAGUUAAAUUUCUAUGAUCCUAAAUCUUAUAUUCCACAUCCUAGUUGGGAAACAUAUGUUACCUCUGGAAUUGUAAUUGUCUUACUUAUUCUUGUUACUAUCGAUCCUAUUUUGCGAUUUAUAGCCGCAUGUAAAAGCAGACAUACUCCAGAUGUUAGAGAUCAAAGAACUUCUAGUCGCACUAGUUCUUUGGGACUAAGAGAAGGCUUAUAGUAGAAGGAUCAAUAUUAACCAACAUCUAUUAUUAAAGAUUUCUCAAUUAUUGUGAACUACAAUAAAAUAAUCAAUCUCAAAACUAUAGAUCCUAAUUUAGCUAUUUUUAAUGGAAUCAGAGCUAUUUCGUUUAUGAUGGUUGCUUAUGGACAUGUGAAUGAAAUGACUGCCAUUUCCACUUAUAUUAGUGAAGUAAACAUUUAAUAUAAAUCCUGGGUUAUUAUACUUCUAUAUGAUAUGAUGUACGCAGUCGAUAUAUUCUUUUGGGUAGGAGGUUUCUUUCUAGGUUAUGUCAUGUGUGAAGAAAGAAAGGCUUAAGCUCUAAAUAGAAAACCAUAAUCUAUUAUUUUAAGUAUCACUCAUAGAUUAAUGAGAAUUUGGCCUUGUUAUUUAUUAUGCAUUGCCAUCAACUCAUAUAUUAUUCCAUAUUUAGGAAGUGGGCCUCGAUGGUUCUUAGAAGAAAGAGCAACCUAAUGUCCUGGAGGAGCAUGGAAAAAUGCUCUUUUUAUAGAUAAUUUUUAUGAGGAUUGGCUCAUUUGUUUUGGAUGGGGUUGGUAUUUAACAUGUGAUUUUCAAUUAUUUUUAACAUGUUUAAUACCAAUUUUAAUUUAUUGUUUUGAUUACAAGGUGUUUUCCAAAAUUCUUAUAAUUUUAAUGAUAAUUGGAACUUUAGGAUGGACUUAUUAUCUAAGCGUUCAUUAUGAUUUUCUAAUACCAGGUAGGAAUACUUACAAUCCAGAUUAUUAUUACAAAUUUUAUGUUAGUUCAUAUGCCAGAGCCCCUCCUUAUUUUUUAGGGUUGCUAAUUGGAAUACUUUAUAGAGAAUUUAAACAAUCAAAAAAGAGUGGAAAGAUAACUUAUUUACAUUAAUUUAGAGAUUAUGCAUAAAGUAGUGGAUAGAAAUUGAUCAUGUAAUUUUUUUGUUAUGGAUUGGGAUUUGGCAUUAUUGGAUAUCUCUUUUUUGGGUGGAAAAAGGAAUUUAAUACAACAUAGAUGAGUUGGCCAAAAUGGCUCCAACAUAUUUAUCAUGCAUUUUGCAGAUUUCUAUUUACUUUUGGAUUGACACUCAUAGUAUUACCAAAUUUGAUCGGAACAUAUGAUAUAUUUAAUUCUAAGUUUAUGAAUAACACCUUAUUUAAAUUGAUGGCAAAGCUCUCCUUUACUAUGUAUCUUGUGCAUUUGAUGAUAAUUCUUAUUUUGACAGAGACCUUUUAUGAGACUCCAGCCUUUGCCUAAUUAGACAUGAUCACUUGUUUUGUAUGUGCUGUUGUGUUAUCCAUGAUGUUUGGAUUGUUAUUGUCUUUAUUAGUUGAAUUACCCUUUGGAAAUCUAGAUACGCGAAUAAUAAAAAUAGUUACUAGGCCAAAAAGAAAAGUAGACACUCUUUUAGAUUGA